UGGCCGCGCGCGUUGCUGUUGCCGGGCGGCCCGUACCGGCCGUCCCGCGGCCGUCCCGGGGCGAUGCCGGUCCCGGCCCUGCCGGGCCAUGGAGAUCCGCUGCGGGGGUCUGCUCUUCAGCUCCCGCUUCGACUCGGGGAACCUGGCGCACGUAGAGCAGGUGCGGCCUACAGAGCCGGGGGGCGGCCCCGCCGCCCGCGCCAACGCUCUCCCCGCCGCCGACUACGAGUUCAACGUGUGGACGCGGCCCGACUGCGCCCACACCGAGUAUGAGAACGGCAACAGGUCCUGGUUCUACUUCAGCGUGCGCGGGGGGGCCCCGGGGAAGCUGAUCAAGCUGCACAUCCUGAACAUGAACAAGCAGAGCCGGCUGUACGCGCAGGGCAUGACCCCCUUCGUGCGCACGCUGCCCGUGCGCCCGCGCUGGGAGCGCAUCCGGCAGCGGCCCAGCUUCCAGGUGGUGGAGACGCAGUUCGUGCUGUCCUUCGUGCACCGCUUCCUGGAGCACCGCGGGGCCACCACCUACUUUGCCUUCUGCUACCCCUUCUCCUACACCGAGUGCCAGGACAUGCUGGCACAGCUGGACGGCCGCUUCCAGGACUGCAGGCACAUGUCCCCCAGCAGCCCCCUCGACUCGGUCUACUACCACCGGGAGCUGCUCUGCCACUCUCUGGACAAGCUGCGUGUGGACCUGCUGACCAUCACGUCGUGCCAUGGCAUGCAGGAGAAGCGGGAGCCCCGGCUGGACAAGCUUUUCCCGGACACCAGCACGCCCCGGCCUCACUGCUUCACCGGAAAGAGGGUGUUUUUCCUCAGCAGCAGAGUCCACCCAGGAGAAACCCCCUCCAGCUUCGUCUUCAACGGCUUCCUGGACUUCAUCCUGCGGGAGGAGGAUCCCCGUGCCCAAAUGCUGCGGCGCAUGUUUGUCUUCAAGCUCAUCCCCAUGCUGAACCCCGACGGGGUGCUGCGGGGCCACUACCGGACCGACUCGCGCGGGGUGAACCUGAACCGGCAGUACCUGCACCCCGACGCCGAGCUGCACCCCGCCGUGUACGGGGCUAAGGCUGUCCUGCUCUACCACCACAUCCACAGCCGCGUCCUGCCCGGCUCUCCGGACUGGAGGACGUUUGUCUCCCCUCUCAGCACCAGCCCGCUGAGCAUGAAAUCUCCCAACUGUCCCGUCCCGGCCGUGGAGGCCGCGUUAUCGGAGCUGGAGAAAACCAACAACCUCCGCAACUCCCCCGGCGCCUGGCGUGCCGGCACCCGCUCCUGCCUGGCUGGCGCUGGCCCCAGGACGCUGGCCCAGGAUGCCCAGCUGUCAGACAGCACAGAGCGAGCCACCUGGAUCCUCCCAUCGAGCCACAGCGCCGAGCACUGUGAGGAGGGGCCGUGGACGCCUCCCCCAGCCCCCGUCCCCGAAGCUGCUGAGCCCCCAGAGCCCAUUGCACCCCGGGACAGUGGCCUGGCCUACUACGUGGACCUGCAUGGCCACGCGUCCAAGCGCGGCUGCUUCAUGUACGGCAACAGCUUCAGCGACGAGAAUGACCAGGUGGAGAACAUGCUGUUCCCCAAACUGAUCUCCCUGAACUCCCCUCACUUCGACUUCACGGGCUGCAACUUCUCAGAGAAGAACAUGUACGCCCGGGACAAGCGGGACGGGCAGUCCAAGGAGGGCAGCGGCCGCGUGGCCAUCUACAAGGCCCUGGGCAUCAUCCACAGCUACACCCUGGAGUGCAACUACAACACGGGGCGCUCGGUGAACAGCAUCCCGGGGGCCUGCCACGACAACGGCCGGGCCAGCCCCCCGCCACCGCCCGCCUUCCCCUCCCGAUACACCGUGGAACUCUUCGAGCAGGUGGGCCGGGCGGUGGCGGUGGCGGCCCUGGACAUGGCCGACUGCAACCCCUGGCCGCGGAUCGUGCUCUCGGAGCACGCCUGCCUGGGCAACCUGCGCGCCUGGAUGCUGAGGCACGUGCGGGGGCUGCGCGGCACCGGCGGGGGCCCGCGGAGGAGAGGAGGUGCCAGGACCCCCCCCAGGAGCUCCACCGGGCUGCCCACCUCGGCCUCUGACAACGCACUGGCCCGUGCCAGGAGCUUCAGCAACGGCACCAGUGGGAGCGGGGGCAGCCAGCAGGACUCCCCCCGGAUCCGAGCCUCCCCCAGCUUCACCUUCGGCAGCCCCAGGCCCCCGGCCGCGGCCUCGCAGAGCCCCGUGAGUGGCGGCAGCACCCCGGCCCUGGGCAGAGGGACUCUGCCCAAGGGCACCGGCCACGGAGCGCGGGAGGCGCAGCGAGGCGUGCAGCAGCUCCAGCACAUGGCACCUCUGCAGGUGCUCCGCGUGAAGCUGAAUGCCCGGAGAGCCCCGGAAAGGCCUGGGGCUCUGCCCGGAGGGCCCCGUGCUGAGCACCGAGGGACCCUUCCCGUGCCGGGGCAGAGGCCUGUACCCCGGGCUCCGGCCCCGCCGUACCGGGGAGCCGCGGCGCGGGCAGGGCUCCUCCGGCCCUGCUCCGCCCCGUGCCUGCAGCACCUGGGCAAGGCCACCGCGACCCCCCUGUCCCUGCCCGCGCCGCUGUCCCCCGGCACGGCGCCCCAGCACCGCUCCCCCCUUGCCCAUCUCCUGCCGACAGCUCCUCUCCUCCUGCGCUGAGCCCCCGCCCGGCCCCGCCGUGCUCCCAGCCCAGCCCCGGGCCGACGGGGGUUCAUGACGUGACGCGGUUUUGUCGCGUAUCAUCGUGUUCCCGUUAAAGCCGGUUUGGAAGAA